AUGGCACUACGACUAGUUUUACUGGUAGCUUCAACUCUUGUAGUUUCAACACACUCCUUAAGAUGGUUUCGUUCAGCUGUGUGCAGAAAUACACCAAGCCUUAAUAAUGGAAAUAUUAUAAGAAAUGGGUGGAAUAAUUUUGACUACAAGUGUAAUACCGGAUAUGAGUUGAGCGUUAUUGGUAACUGUCGUAGUCGAUUAUGGCGCCCACAAGUAAUAUGUAAAGCUGUGCAAUGUCUAGCUGGUGUAGUUAUACCCAAUUCUGAUGAUACACAAUCGAAAGGCACUUUUGGUGAUACUGUCAAGGCGACCUGUAAUAUUGGUUUUACUCUAAAUGGCCUAGAAGGAAAGAGGACUUGUGGUCCAGAUGGGAUGUGGCAAAUAAACACUGCUUGUGAAGCUCAAGUAUGUCCAGCUGGAGUAAUUAUACCCAAUUCUGAUGAUACAUCAUCGACAGCCACUUUUAGUGAGACUGUCAUGCCGACCUGUAAUAUUGGUUUUACUCUAAAUGGCCUAGAAGGAGAGAGGAUUUGUGGUGCAGAUGGGAUGUGGCAAAUUAACACUGCUUGUGAAAUAUGUCCACCUGGUGUAAUUAUAUCCAAUUCUGAUGAUACACCAUCGACAGGCACUUUUGAUUCUACUGUCAUGUCUACCUGUAACAAUGGUUUUACUGCAUCUGGCCUUCAAGGAGAGAGGAUUUGUGGUCCAGAUGGGAUAUGGCAAAUAAACACUGAUUGUGAAGCUCAAGUAUGUCCAGCUGGAGUAAUUAUACCCAAUUCUGAUGAUACAUCAUCGACAGCCACUUUUAGUGAGACUGUCAUGCCGACCUGUAAUAUUGGUUUUACUCUAAAUGGCCUAGAAGGAGAGAGGAUUUGUGGUGCAGAUGGGAUGUGGCAAAUUAACACUGCUUGUGAAAUAUGUCCACCUGGUGUAUUUAUAUCCAAUUCUGAUGAUACACCAUCGACAGGCACUUUUGAUUCUACUGUCUUGCCUACCUGUAACAAUGGUUUUACUGCAUCUGGCCUUCAAGGAGAGAGGAUUUGUGGUCCAGAUGGGAUAUGGCAAAUAAACACUGAUUGUGAAGCUCAAGUAUGUCCAGCUGGAGUAAUUAUACCCAAUUCUGAUGAUACAUCAUCGACAGCCACUUUUAGUGAGACUGUCAUGCCGACCUGUAAUAUUGGUUUUACUCUAAAUGGCCUAGAAGGAGAGAGGAUUUGUGGUGCAGAUGGGAUGUGGCAAAUUAACACUGCUUGUGAAAUAUGUCCACCUGGUGUAUUUAUAUCCAAUUCUGAUGAUACACCAUCGACAGGCACUUUUGAUUCUACUGUCUUGCCUACCUGUAACAAUGGUUUUACUGCAUCUGGCCUUCAAGGAGAGAGGAUUUGUGGUCCAGAUGGGAUAUGGCAAAUAAACACUGAUUGUGAAGUAUGUCCACCUGGUGUAUUUAUAUCCAAUUCUGAUGAUACACCAUCGACAGGCACUUUUGAUUCUAUUGUCAUGCCUACCUGUAACAAUGGUUUUACUCUAUUUGGCCUUCAAGGAGAGAGGAUUUGUGGUCCAGAUGGUAUGUGGCAAAUAAACACUGAAUGUGAAGCUCAAGUAUGUCCAGCUGGAGUAAUUAUACCCAAUUCUGAUGAUACAUCAUCGACAGCCACUUUUAGUGAGACUGUCAUGCCGACCUGUAAUAUUGGUUUUACUCUAAAUGGCCUAGAAGGAGAGAGGAUUUGUGGUGCAGAUGGGAUGUGGCAAAUUAACACUGCUUGUGAAGCUGUGCAAUGUCCAGCUGGAGUAAUUAUACCCAAUUCUGAUGAUACACAAUCGGCAGCCACUUUUGAUCAGACUGUCAAGGCGACCUGUAAUAAUGGUUUUAUUCUAAAUGGCCUAGAAGGAGAGAGGACUUGUGGUUCAGAUGGGAUGUGGCAAAUAAUCAUUCCUUGUGAAGAUAUUUGA